GAUUCGACCACACGAUGCGGUUCUUUUCGCGGCUGCACGUUUGUGCUGCCCUUGCCUCUCUGAUGAUUUUGUAUUUUACUUGGAUCCACUCGCCCCGUUUUGAAGAUUCCGUUUGGCGCGGCGACGCGCAUCGUAUCGUGAUAUUUGGAAACGAUUGGUCCGAUACGGGAAGUUAUCGGGUCUCGUCGCCGGCGCUGUCUGCUAUUGUUGCUCGCGACGCGGAUCGAGGCGACUUGUGGGUAGAGACACUGUGCAAAGAGCUCAAAUGUGAUACCGUCGACAACUUUGCACGUUCCGUGCCGCGGCCGGCCGAUGAGGCGCAGACUGGCGCCCUGAUUGACGUUGACGUCUAUGCCGAAGUGAUUGAGGCAAAAAACAAUCAGAGCAUCCUGCCGUUAUCCGACUUCAAGACACAGGUAGACCAGUUUGUGACGUACGACAAACGACGGCGACUUAUUCCCCACAAGCUGCGCAAAGAAGACGAGUGGACUUUUUUCACGAUUUAUUUUGGACUGUGGGAGCUUCUGGAGUGCUCGUCGCUGGAGCAAAGCGCCGCCACGGCGACGAUUGAUAGAAGCAUUACCUCACUAUUCCACCAGCUUGACGUGUUGGCUGAGCACGCUACUCUUCCGCUCAAAGUCAUCAUCCCCAAGAUGAUUGAUGUUAGUUUCCUACCGCGUUUCCAGUUGAAGAAGAGGGCUAUGCAAGAUGCCCAGUUUGCAGAAAUCCAGCAUAAGCUGGUCUUCUUAGUGGCUUACUGGAACCUGGUCUUGCAUCGGACUGCGACACAAUGGCCAAACGGUGUUAUAUACAUGCCCGAUGCAAACGAGCUCAUCAUGGAACAAGUCCGGGUCAAGCAGCUGCACUCGAGACAUAUUGCCGAUGCGUUUGGUGUCGGCCUACAAGCGCCCCUUUUUCAACAUAUUGAACAGCCCUGUCUAGCAGCGCCGCGAGGCGGCGCGGACAGCCUGCAAACAUCCGACGCUCAAAAAUGCUCCGCCCCGACUGAGCAUCUAUUUUGGGACGACAUUCAGCUCAGCGGCCCGGCCCACGCACUAAUAGGGAACCAAACCGCCAGCCUCAUACGCGGCAACCAAACGGUCAACAUGGAGCAGAAGACGCAGGGCGCCGACGACAAGGAGAAAUCCAAGGCACAAGAGGUGGAGCACUUUACACUCAAAUUUCCUCCCGGAUCCACCAUGCAAACGGAACAUCACUCUGCGGAGUCGCCAAUAGACGGUGCCAAGCCAUCUCGGACUCUGCGUAAGAGCAGUCGCAUUCACGACGCGCGCUCUACUUCGAUAUGUAGCCUGACCACCGAGCACAACAUAGAAGAGCCAGCGUCAGCCGACACAUUGUCUCCUCAGAUCUCGCGGAAAAGACUUGCCUCUCUUAUGGAAGGAUCUGGGAGCGAGGAUUCAGACAGUCUGGUCGACGAUAAACCGCCUUCUAGUGCCAUGGCUACGGCGGUUGGGCCUCCAGACUUUGCAGGCCACGUUUGUCUCUGUCAGCCAGAGCCGAAAAUACCUCGACCUAGGAAUGCAUUUAUCCUUUACCGGCAGCACCAUCAGCAGGCCAUUAUCGCUCGCAACCCUGGUCUGAACAACCCUGACAUUUCCAAGAUUAUCGGCGAGCAGUGGAAAGCUGAGAGUGAGAAGGAAAGAAAGGUCUGGCAAGACCUCGCACAGCAAGAGAAGGCUAGGCACCACGAGCAGUAUCCGGACUACCGUUAUCAGCCACGCAGACUUGGCAAAUCCGGAUCAUCACCACUGAAUCCUUCUGGCCAGCACACCACUUUCGACAAAUAUCGGUGCCAUAGGUGUGGCGGUCGCAGCAUCAAGACGCCUACUAGUCCAUUCCUUGACGCCUCUGGCACACUUACGUUGCCACUUCCUAACAUCUCAGAAGGCCUUACACCGACAACUCGCUACCUACCCGGGAUGAGCAAUCUCGGUAUAGAAUCGCCUGUUCACCAGCAAGGCCAUGGUCCCGCUAAUCUUGGCAACCUGAAAUUAAAAGUCACUUCGGCGAUACGCGACGACUCAAUGGUGUACAGUCCUCUUACACCACACAAGAAACACAGAUUUGACUACCCAGCUCCGCAUACUGCCGGCGGUCUCAGACCAGAUGGGCCUUAUUACCCUCGGACACAGUAUCCCCGGCGCGAGUCUUUGCCUCCUAUCCAUGUGCAUUAUUCGCCCCCGAACAGCGCGACCAUGCCACCUCCCCGCACGCCUCGCGAUGGAAGGCUUUCCAUUGCAGAUUCAGUGUUAUCAUCUCACAACUCCAGCCCUAGAAGCGUAGAGGAAGUGCUCGGUAUUUUGCCUUAUGGAAGCAAGAUCAAGCUGCUUGGCCGCAUAACGCCUCCGUACAGGGAGCCUGGUGAUAGUACACCGCCUGGCAAGGAAGGCCGUGGGGCGAUUAUCGCGGUCGAAGGCGAUGAUCUGGCCGCGGUCAAGGAACUCUCUGAAUGGCUCAACGAUCACCUCGCCAAGCAAGGGGAGUUCAAGCCCCAGAUCGCGGAGCCACCGAGAAUCCCCAGUGCUGAGGAUAAGGAAGUCACUUUCGAUGACUAUCUGGAUUUGAUCAAGGAGUGGCAUGGCAAGAGCAAAGAGAUGAUCAAAUUCAUCACCUCUACCUCACCCGACGCCUAUCCUCAGGAUGUCACCAUGUCUGACAAAGACUCUUCUGCCGACUCCAGCAUGUGCAGAGAUGUUGUAGCACCUGAUACGGCAGCUGUGAAGUUUGUGCCUGCGAUGAAGCCUGUCAUUAUUCUUCCGACAUUUCACCUCCAGGCGUCUGUUGCAUAUGCCUCACGCAUCCCUAUCCAGGACGCAUACAGCGCCACUGAUCAUUGGCAGUGGAUGGCAACACUCUGGCGUGGAACCGUAGGCCCAGACCUCACGCUGUAUGUGAAGAGCUACGAUGCAAAGGAGGGGCAGGUUGGGCAAAAGCCCGAAAUGGACGAGCCUGUCAAGUGUUUUACAGUGUGGAAAGAGAAAGAAGGGAAGUUUACCGAGUCUGACCUGAGGAGAGUUGGGUUUGAGGUGGGCGAGUGGGUCAAGGCAGUGAGGUGAGGAAAUGGCUUGGUUCUACGAAUGCGGAUGUGUGUCGAGCGGUAGAGGCCGGAGCUAGCUGAGGAUCAUGUGUGUGAGUUUCUUUCUUCUGGGGACGAUGUAUGCGGCGAGGGAAUCGGCGUGGCUCUGUCAAAGAUGUGGGAAGCAUGCACGGGGUCAUAUAUCAUGCCGGGCU